GCUGCAAUCUAUCAUCUUCGAAACACUCACAUCAAAGGAGGCUGAGCAGCAGCAGCAUCAACAACAACAAAGGGGAAGAGAGUGUCUGUGCUACCGCUCUGCAAAGUUGGAUGCCAGUUCUUUCUUUCUCUCUCUCUCUCUCCAGGAUUAAUUUUUAUGGCUCUGCACACUGGGAAACGUCAGGAACUCCCCACAGUCACUGCAGAUCAGAAAAAGGUGUGAGGAGAGGAGAGAUCGGUUUAAAAUUUCAAACGCAACCUCUCCGGCGGGCAAGAGAGGGCUUCAUUAGCAUAUGUCAGGGGGGGACUAGCAUAUAUACGGGCUUUGUGUAUAAACAGAGCGCUAAUCUGACCCGUUUCCCGGGACACAAGAGCAGCAGCACCCGCCGCUCUCGAUGCUGAUGCACAGCGAGCAGCAGACUCCCAAUGCUCGGAGAGAGAAGAGGCUCCAAAGAAGGCAGCGGUUGUCCCAGGACAAAGUCCUCCCUGCCUGAGAUCCUCCAGCAGCAACUCUGCCUGACCGUUUAGCUCUUUUGAUUAUUGUGCCUGUGCCUUCCUUCCCAGCGCUCGUUAAGCCGCCUCCCUUCCAGCGGGCUCUUCCAUGGCUCCCUUCGCCGAAGUUGGGGGCUUCCUGGGCGGCUUGGAGGGGUUGGGGCAGCAGGUGGGCUCCCACUUCCUGCUGCCGCCUGCCGGGGAGAGGCCGGCGCUGCUCAGCGAUCGCCUGGCUCAGGCCGAGAGGGGAUCCAGAGGUGGCGGAGGUGCGGCGCCUGGCACCGCGGAUUUAGCCCAUUUGCAGGGCAUCCUACGCCGGAGGCAGCUCUACUGCCGGACUGGCUUCCACCUGCAGCUCCUGCCAGAUGGCAGCGUGCAGGGCACCAGGCAGGACCACAGUCUCUUCGGUAUCCUUGAAUUCAUCAGUGUGGCAGUAGGACUGGUCAGUAUUAGAGGAGUGGACAGUGGCCUUUAUCUUGGAAUGAAUGACAAAGGAGAACUCUAUGGAUCUGAGAAAUUAACUUCUGAAUGCAUCUUCAGAGAACAGUUUGAGGAGAACUGGUAUAACACUUAUUCUUCCAAUGUAUACAAACAUGGAGACUCGGGUCGGCGGUUUUUUGUAGCACUUAACAAAGAUGGAACUCCAAGAGAUGGGGCUAGGUCCAAAAGACAUCAGAAAUUCACACACUUCCUACCCAGGCCAGUGGAUCCUGAAAAAGUUCCAGAACUCUACAAGGAUGUAUUAGGAUACAGCUGAAAUGGAUCAGGGUAUUUGAAAGAAAACCAAUCCCCCAUUCUUUCCUACCACAGCUUCUAUGGUAAUACGCAGGAAGGACUUUCAAAUGCUGCAGAGUUACCAGGCUCUAGGAGAGUGGAUUUUAACAAUCUGUUUAGUGAUAGCCUAAAUUUCCUAAUGUUUGGAUACAGGAGACAAAGCCUUAAAGUUAAGAUUGGACCAGCCUCUUUGAAGUUUGCUCUCCAGUAGACAGUGGGAGGUUUGAGUCUGAUUUAUUUUAAAUCACCAAACUUGUGCCUAACUUGUCUGGAUUACUUAUUAUUCAUACACUAGAGAAAAAAAUAACUACUGUGGAGUGGAACAAUAGACAGAAAGUUGGAUGACAUGGUAAGAAAUAGGCUGUAAAACAUCAAUAAAGCCCGAGAACUAUAUAAGAAGUGAUAGUGGCUACACUAUGAAUGACAGAACUUGGAAGUCAAAGCAUCUCAGUCAGAACUGGAACUUUUCUUCAGGAUGGACCUAUUUAUACAUUUCCAGAUGACAUAUAUUUAUUUUAUAUAUUUAUUUAUUAAAGAGUUUAUUUUUACUGGGAUAUGAAGACACUACAAACCCUUGCCCCAACAAAAUAUCAUUGACCGUGCCAAUAUUUACUCUGAGGUAGUGUCAUCAUGCUAAAAAGGCAUUACAUCCAACACAUUCAUAAACAGAAUAUCUAAAUUUUCAUUUUUUUAUAAAGUAUAGAUUAGGUUAUAUUUUUAUGCACAUAAAAAUGGAUUGUCUUAAACUGGGGAGAAUGUUGGGUGUUUUUUGGCCUUUGAGAAUGCCUUCCAGAUUUGUACUGAA